AUUUUAUUUCUUCUAAUAUCAACACCAUAAUUAGUGAGUAAAAAAAGUAUUAAAAAAGUGAAGAAUAACUGAAUAAGUGAGGAAUAACUGAGUAAAUUAUACAUUGCUAGACAAAUACUUUUUUAAAUCGCAAUGGAUGCGGAUCCAGUAACAACAUCUUAUUUAUCGAUCAUAAUUUAUUCUUUACUGGGAACAAUUAUUACAGCAUUAAUUGCAUUAUAUUAUUACGUCGAAACUUUUCGAGCAGUUCGUCUUAUAAAAAAAUUACCAGGUCCAUCAUCCAUACCUAUUAUGGGUCAUUCAUUACUAAUUGUCAAAGAGUCUCCCGAAUUUCUGUUCCAACUAGCUGUUAAAUAUUAUAACUUGUAUGGGAAUGUAAUCGGUGCAUAUUUAGGCACAAAAACAGUAGUUUUUUUGUCAGAUCCACAAGAUAUUGAAAUAAUCCUUAGUAGUUCUGAACAUAUCGAGAAAGCUGAGGAUUAUAAACUGUUUAAACCAUGGCUUGGAGAUGGUUUGCUGAUCACAUCGGGCGAUAAAUGGCGCAGACAUAGAAAGGUGAUUGCGCCUACAUUUCAUAUGAAUAUCUUAAAGACAUUUGUGCCUUUAUUUUAUGAAAACAGCGUAGAUCUCGUGAAUCGACUUCGCGAUAAAAUUGGAAAGGAAUUCGAUUGCCACGAUUAUCUAUCAGCCGUAACGGUUGACAUUUUAACAGAAACAGCAAUGGGAGUUAAGAAAGAAAGAAGAUCAAAAACCGGAUAUGAAUAUGCCAUGGCCGUGAUGAAAAUGAGCGAUAUUUUACAUCGAAGACAUUUUGAUGUAUCAUUACGGUUCGAUAUAUUUUUCAAAUUUUCGAAGUUUGCAAAUCUCCAAAAGAAAUUCCUUAAAACUAUUCAUACAUUGACAGAACAUGUAAUCAAAGAAAAAUCAAAAGAUUUCGAAGAAAAAUAUGAAAAAUGUCAACAAUUAAAAGACGCACAAAACGAUAAAUCAAUAGAAGAUACGAAGGUAACCGAAAAUGUAGAAAACGCUAAAAUCAAUGCCGCUAAUUAUAUGCAUUAUGUAAGAGAUGAUCUUGAUGACAUCGAUGAGAAUGACGUAGGUGAGAAAAAGCGACUUGCUUUCCUAGAAAUGAUGUUAGAGUUAAAAAAGAAUGGACAAAUGACUGAUGAAGAAAUCUGGGAAGAAGUAAAUACCAUCAUGUUUGAGGGUCAUGAUACUACGGCGGCUGGCUCGAGUUUUGCACUUUGUGUCUUAGGAAAUCAUCCAGAUAUUCAGGCUCGCGUACACGAAGAAUUAGACACAAUUUUUGGUGACAGCAACAGACAAUGCACUUUCCAAGAUACCAUAGAAAUGAAAUAUCUCGAGAGAGUUAUUAUGGAAACUUUGAGACUUUUCCCACCGGUACCUAUGAUUGCCAGACGCCUUAAUCAGGAUGUAAAAAUAGUUACAGGAGAUUAUAUUCUUCCAAAGUCUACUACAGUAGUGAUUCUACAAUAUCAGAUACAUCGCUUAGAGAAAUAUUAUUCAAAUCCAACAGUUUUUAAUCCAGACAACUUUUUACCGGAAAAUAUACAAAAAAGACACUAUUAUGCUUAUAUUCCUUUUAGUGCUGGGCCAAGGUCUUGUGUGGGACGGAAAUUCGCUAUGCUGAAAUUAAAGGUUAUGCUAUCAACAAUACUGAGAAAUUACCGUAUUAUUUCUGAAAUACCGGAGAAAGAUUUCCUUCUACGAGGUGAUAUUAUUUUAAAAAGGCAUGAUGGAUUCAAGAUUAAAAUUGAGCCGCGCACACCAACAUCUUGUAAAAAAUAAUCAGAAAUUAACAACCCCAUAUCUGCAUAAAGCUUAAGUCAAAUAUAAAUAGAUUGACGUUUGCCCUAGUAAGACAAUUUAUUAUCUACUUAUUAAUCUCACUUGAGUAAGUAUAUUUCUCUAAUAAUUUGCUAUUUAUUUUUCUAAUCAAAUGUAAGACAUUGAUGGAAAAAUCGAUAUUAUAUAUAUUAUAUUUAAAACUACAAAUAUUGUCAAGACAUACUGUAUUCUACAACUUAUUUAAAAAUAGAUUUGCAUUACCAAUA